AGACGUUGCUGUUAUUUUGGCCCUCGGCGUCACACUUAACAGCCCCAGGAUUAUUUAUGUUCACCUGCUUCCUCAGAGGAGCUGGGAUCAGCAAGUACCUGACAGAAAACCUCAGUGGCUGAGUUCCCAGGAACGUCAGAGUUCAGGGGGACAUGUGACUGCAAAGUGUGAGAGCUGGCUGCAUGCCAGGCAGAGUGAACGCCUGCUUCCACGGAACGGCGCACUGGGACCCAGCCUUCCUCCUGACAGGCUGUAAGAGCAGCUGCAGCUGAGCGGACCACUGCACGGAUGAAAGGGCUGCAGGGAGAUAAAGCUGUGUGAAGAUGUACGGAAACAACAGCACCGAGUGUCCGCAUGAUGAUGACCAAUUCAAAUACAACGCCUACGUCUUCACCUACGCGCUGGUGUUCCCCGUGGCGUUCCUCUGCAACAUCGUAGCCCUGGUAGUCUUCUUCAAGCAGAAAAAGAGCAGAGGCAAGCCCAGCUAUGUGAUCAUGGUCAACCUGGCCUUAUCAGACGGCAGCUUCUCCCUCACUCUCCCUCUGCGCCUGGCUUAUUACAUGAACAAGGGGAAGUGGACCUUUCCUGACUGGGUCUGCAGACUCUGUGUCUUUGGCUUCUAUGUCAAUCUCUACUCCAGCAUCCUGCUCCUCACGCUCUUAAGCCUGAUCCGCUGGUAUUCCAUCAACUAUCCCCUGCGCCAUCGCAAAAUUACCUCUAAAUUAGUCUUGGUAAUCUGUCUGGCAAUCUGGGUGUUUGUGGGAGGGUCCUCUGUGCCUUUCCUCGGCAAUGGCGUGGUUAACAGAGACGGGGUGCCUCGCUGCUUUGAGCCUUCAUCAAAACAGUCCUGGUCCCACAUUCUCAAAAUGAACUACGUGGGUUUGGUGUUUGGAUUUGUGCUGCCGUUCUGCACCAUCAUCUUCUGCUGCAGCAAGAUCAUUCAUUGUCUGCGGUUCCCAAACAUGGUUAAAAGGAAUAAAGCUCAUGCUAAAAGGAUCAAGCGCUCGGUGUCCUUGGUCACCAUGGUUAUAGCCACCUUCCUGCUCUGCUUCCUGCCCUAUCAUUUGAUCCGAACUCUGCACCUACACGCCGUGAAUGGCCGCUGGAACUGUGGAGUCACCAACCAGCUCCAGAGAGCCGUGGCGGUGACCCUGUGCUUGGCGGCAGCGAACUGCGUGGUCAACCCGCUGCUGUACUACUAUUCCACCAAGAAGUUCAAAGAAGACAUGAAUCACACUGGGUUCCGUUUCAGCAGAAGAUUUUCUACACUCAAUACCUCUCUAAGGUCCUACGGGCAGGGCUCUGAGAAACGGAAAUUAGCCCCACAAAAGUCAAAAACACAAAAACAACCUACAUACAAGCCCGAAGCGGCUGAAAAAACUUUGGCUGGGUCUUCUUGACUGAAAAUCUUCUCAAUAUCCAUCCAAAAUUUCAAAGCUUUAUUUUUUUAUUAUUUUUGAACAUAGAAGGAAAAACUGUUGAAGAUACAGGCCAUCUCUGCUAAUGAGGGUCUUUUAAUGGGAUCAGUGAUGGGAACGUACACUCAGAAGAUAUUCCUGUGGUUUUCUUCUGUCAUGUUUUUGGCUAUUGUCCAGUUUAAUGAAAGCUAUUUUAAGUAGCCAUUAAAACUGGGUUCUGAUCGUCCAGGGUCGGAGUUCUAGUUGAAAUCAGAUUCUAUUUCAAAGGUGGAAGGAAAUAGUUCUGUUUUCUUCUGAUGUAGACCCAUAAUGUGUUUUCCUUCCUGGUUUACCUUGCUAUGGCUGUCAGUGGUGGAUCACUGCAUCUUUGUCUCUGUAACCUUUGGCUUCCAUGUGACUCUAUGCUCAUCUCUGAUUGGUUACUUAAAGAUGCUCCUUGGGAUGCAGCUCUCAGUGCUGGUGGCUAAUCAGUGCUUUUUGUCUCAUCCGUCACCACCUUGGCAGCUCAGAUGCAGCCGUUAAUGUCUCUCAAACCUACGGAUAGCAAUGGGGGAGUCAGACAACAAUCCCGACAAGACAGGACAGAACGGCACAGUGUACAUUUAUUCUCUCAUUUAUUUAACUAAUAGUUUUAACCAAGAUUUUGCUGGACGGGAAAGUGGAUAAAGGAACUUGGACUUAAAUAUCCAGCAGUGGCCUGGUGACUGCAGGUAAAGUAGGGUUAGUGAAGUUUAUUGUUGUGUUAAUACAUCUGACCUUCAGUGAGCCCCAGCCCAAUAAGUUAACCCCAGGCCAAUGUUCAAUUACAAACAUGUUUGUAAAGGAUGGGAGAAUCUUCUCCAGUUCAUUCCAAAAAAGUUAAAGAACAAAACAAUUAUAUAUAUAUAGUACUGUUGGGUAGUACUAUAAAGCCUUGAGCUCCACACUAAUCCUGACAUUUUGAAUGAGAAAGCUUUCUGGAUAGGAAGUGAAACGUCUUCAAACUUCAAAAAAAGUCCAGUUGUUUUGGUUUUUUACUUUUUUGGAAUGACCAUGAGCUGGAUGACUGAGAAUCUUCACUAGCAUAUUCUCCAGUUCAUCUUCCAUUCUGGAGCUCACCAGCGCCCUCUUCAGGCUUGUAGCUGAAGAACACACCCCAGACUGAGCAGGAAAUCCCAUGCGACUCGUUUCCAGGGUUUGUCUGCAUAUGGCCUCUAAGAUGGACCUAGUCGCUUGCAGGGAAAUGUCCCCCCUGCUCUGGUUUCCUCCUAGUAAAUGUUUUAGUAUUCUUUUAACAUUUCUUUUCCAAACAUAAAGCCCUCAGAGUGAAGCACUGACACACUUUUGGGUCAGAUCUGAACAGGAGAUUUAUGCUCUGUUAUCAUGUGUAUUUAACUGUUAUCGUUAUAUUUAGAACUUUUCCGACGAAUAGCUGUCGUGUAAACAGGAAACUUAAAUAUGAAGGUCCUUCUCUCUGAUCUUGGUUCUUGCUGCUCAAAGUUUAUGUAUAUUUUUGUAUAAAUCUCCACUUCAGCAAA